AUGGUUUUGCAUGUGGAACUAGACUCCAAAUAUUCCAGUCGGACUUGUGGACUGUGUGGUGAUUUCAAUGGUGUUCCAGUUUAUAGUGAGUUCAUUGAAUCUGGACGGAGGGUUGGCUAUGCUGAGUUUGGUAAUAAGCACAGAGUUCCCAACCCAACACAUGUCUGCGAAGAUCCUUUUGAAAACGACGAUGAGCAAAAUGUGGUGGACAAAUGUGAAAAAUUUUGGGCAGAUUGUGCAGACCUUUUGGAGGAUGAAAAGUGGUCUUCUUGUAGCUGGGUUUUGAACACAGAGCCAUAUAUCAAGGCCUGUACGAACGAUAUUUGCUCGAGCCAACCUGAAGAUGAAGACACCAGCAUCUCUGCGCUCUGUGCGACUUUGUCUGAAUAUUCACGUCAGUGCUCUCAUGCUGGAGGAACUCCACCGUCCUGGAGGACAGCAAACUUCUGUGCCGUGAAGUGCCCCUACAAUAUGGUACAUUCUGAAAGUGGCUCCCCCUGUAUGGACACAUGCUUGCACAAAGACACAAAUGCACUGUGUGAGGAACACAACAGUGAUGGAUGCUUUUGCCCGCCAGGAACUUUUUUUGCAGAUGACAUCUCAAACACGGGCUGCAUCCCAGCAGAAAAGUGUCAGUGCAAGCAUGACCGCGUCUACAGCACAGGAGAGAUCCUACGCGAAGAUGAGGAAGAAUGCAUAUGUAAGGAGGGAAACUGGAUCUGUACAAGUAUUCCCGGCCCUGGCCUGUGCUCAGUAGAAGAAGGAUCUCACUUUACCACCUUUGACGGGAAAGAAUUCACUUUCCAUGGAGACUGCAACUAUGUGCUCUCAAAAGACUGUAAGGAGUCUAAGUUCAUCAUAUUGGGUCUGAUUGUUCCAUGUUUUACUCAUCAAACUGACACCUGUUUAAAGUCUGUUGUGGUGCUGUUUGACAACGAUAUGAAAAAUCCUCUGAUUAUUAAAGCUGACGGGACGGUGCAACACAAUGCAGAAAUUUCACUUCCUUACAUGACAGCUGGCUUCACGGUGUUCAUGCCGUCAUCGUUUCACAUCAUGCUUCAGACCACCUUUGGGCUGCAGGUGCAGGUACAGCUGGUGCCUCUUAUGCAGGUGUACAUCACCGUGGACCAAAGCUUCCAGGGCAAGACUUGUGGUCUUUGUGGAAAUUUUAACAAAGUGCUGUCAGAUGAUCUGAAGACCCCUCAGGGAGUGGUGGAGGGUACAGCGGUUUCCUUUGCAAACGCCUGGAAGGCGCAGUCCAACUGCCCCGACCGUACUGAGAGACUGGACGACCCCUGUUCCUACAGCAGUGACAGCGAGCACUUUGCUGAGCACUGGUGUUCCAAGAUGAAGGACAAGGAGAGCCUCUUUGCCAAAUGUCACACCACUGUCAAUCCAGACAGCUACUACAAAAGAUGCAAAUACUCCAGCUGUACCUGUGAGAAGAGUGAGGACUGUCUGUGUACCGUGUUCUCCGCGUACGCCCGGGCCUGUGCAGCUAAAGGAAUAAUCCUCCAAGGCUGGAGAGACAUUGUGUGCAAGAAAUAUACAGAGAAUUGCCCGGCCUCGCAGAACUACUCCUAUGAGCUGCAGAACUGUCAGCGUACCUGUCUGUCUCUCGCCUCUGAGCGCCAAAGCUGCAGCGUUGACUUUGUGCCCGUUGACGGAUGCGCAUGUCCAGAGGGACUCUACCAGGAUGAGAAUGGACUGUGUGUACCUAUGGAAAAAUGUCCAUGUCACCACAACGGACAGAAAAUUCAUUCCGGCAAGUCUGUCACCAUUAGGGAUGAACACUGUGUUUGCAUGAAUGGAAAACUUCACUGUCGUUCCUGGAAAACCAAAAUUCUGGGAUGUUCCUCUCCGAAGGUUUUCUUCAACUGCAGUACAGCAGCCCCAGAUGAACAUGGAUUGGAGUGUGCAAAGACUUGUCUGCAACAGGAAGUUGACUGUUUCUCACUGGACUGUCAGUCUGGCUGCCAGUGUCCUUUUGGUCUAUUGGAUGAUGGGAGAGGACAUUGUGUUAAACCAGACUACUGCUCGUGUAAACAUAGUGGACUGGAUUACGCACCAGGAGCUGAGAUAAGCAUAGACUGCAAUCAAUGCACUUGCCAACGGGGAAAAUGGAAAUGUACACAUUAUAAGUGUCCAGGCAUAUGCGCCAUUUACGGCAGUGGACGUUAUAUAACUUUUGAUCAGCAAAAAUUCAGCUUUAGGGGAGAUUGCAGUUAUAUUGCUGCUCAGAACAAGUGUGGAAAUAAAACUGGCAACUUUCGUGUGAUCACUGAGAAUAUGCCUUGUGGAACAACAGGAACCACAUGUUCAAAGGCUGUCAAAAUACUUUUGGGGAGGACUUUGCUGCAGCUUGUUGAUGGAAAUGUAAAGGCCACUGAUAUUGCAAGGGGUCCAAAGAUCGAGUACACUGAGAAAAUCAUUGGGAUGUACCUUGUCAUUGAUGCUAACAUUGGACUGACAGUUUUGUGGGACCGCAAAACCACCGUCCGCAUCAUUCUGCAACCUCAGCUCAUGGGAGACGUUUGUGGUCUGUGUGGAAAUUUCAAUGAAAAUGGAAAAGAUGACUUUACCACUCAGGGAAAUUUGCCAACUUCAAAUAUCCUGGAGUUUGUGGACAGCUGGAAAGGAAGCAUAUGUCCGGAUGCAAAACCAGACUACGACCCAUGCCUUGAGACCCCCAAUCGAGAGACAUGGGCAAAAAUACAAUGUAGCAUCAUCAAGGAUAUCAAUGGUCCAUUCAAAGUCUGCCAUAACAAGGUGGAACCAAUCCCUUAUUAUGAGAACUGUGUGAAGGACUCGUGUGCAUGUGACACAGGUGGAGAUUGUGAGUGCUUCUGUACAGCUGUGGCAGCUUAUGCUCAAGCCUGCAAUGAGGCAGAUGUUUGUGUGAACUGGAGAACACCUGAGAUCUGCCCUGUGUACUGUGACUUCUACAAUAAUGGAACAGAAGAGUGCAUAUGGCAUUACAAUCCUUGUCAUACACCUUUCUACAAAACCUGUCUCAACCUUAAUGGUACUCACAGUAAUAACAGUUUACCCCUUCUGGAAGGAUGUUAUCCAAAAUGUCCAGAGGAUAAGCCUAUUUUUGAUGAGCAAAAUCAGAUCUGUGUGGAGACAUGUAUACCGCCACCAGAGUCAGAGUCUACUACAACACCAGAACCUACCACAUCAUCUACUCCUACACCGACAACUACUACAAUGUCUACUACAACAACACCAGAACCUACCACAUCAUCUACUCCUACACCGACAACUACUACAAUGCCUACUACAACACCAGAACCUACCACAUCAUCUACCCCCACACCGGCAACUACCACUAAGUCUACUACAACACUGGAAUCUACCACAUCAUCUACCUCUACAACAACAACUAUCACAUUUACUUCAACAUCAACUACGCCUACACCAUGUAUAUGUAUAUGUUUGUGGUCUGACUGGUUUAAUGAAUAUCAUCCUGAUGUAGGAGGGCAUGACUUGGAGACUUAUGAAAACAUUAGAGAAAGUGGAAAAGAGAUCUGUGAACAGCCAGUAGAUAUCGAAUGUAGGGCUGUGGGCCAACCUGACAUGAGCUUUGAUGAUUAUAUUCAGGAAUCAAAUCAAGUUGCCCAGUGCAAUGUUUCAUAUGGAUUGGUGUGUAAGAAAGAACAACAGAAUGCCCGCCCUUAA